CCUUGACCAAUCCACUUUCCUAUAUGAUAACAUGUGAUAGUAAUCCACGUUUGCGAAAUGAUGUUUGCGCAGUCCGUCAAAUUGGUGUGAUGUGCUUGAAUAUUGUUUCCUCUUGGAAUGGAUUUAGAAGAGGCAUUUCAAUUAGUCGGAGAAUUCGGAUCAUAUCAGAAGCAGAUGGUGUUGGUUCUUGUGUUGCUACAGGUUUGUUUUAUUAACGUUCCUUGCUUUGGUGGAAACGUAUGCCACCCACAUCUAGCUAGCUAAGCUAGCUGUAUUAGCUAGCAAUCUAAUACAUUGCUAUAUUUUCUAGAACAAUUUUCUGAAUACAUUACAGUAUGUCGUCAAACUUAGUGUGGGGCAAGCCAGCUAGUAGUCUGUCGCUGCUAUUGUUAUCCAGCCAUAGCUAAGCUAGUUAGUUAACUGGAUAAUGAAAUCACAGACGCUUUUAAGUAGCUUGCUGAAUCUUAGCUAGCUAUCUCUCCCGUCAUUUGCAUACGCAUUAAAGCCACAGUCUGCAAUAUUUCCUGCUGUUCAAUGGCCAUUUCAAUUAAUUAUACUCAGUUCUUGAAGAAUAUAACUUAUAAAUGCCAUAUGACAACGGUCUUAUCCUAUAACCCAAGAUCUAAGAGCCAAUUUAUGCUUGAUCAGAAAAUGUGGUCGCUGGGUGGUGUGACGCAAUUGCGAAGCAUCUGGAGGCACGCAGAGGCCAAAUUGAGCACCAUACGGCAUCGCCGUGCGUCUCUCAAAUAUUGUAUCAAUGUGGGGGUUCAUAUAGCUCCGCAUUGACAUGAUUGGAUGACGGAAGGUGAGGGCGGAAUGACUUGUAUAAACACAAAUUAACUUCCUUCACAACCGGUAACCUAGCGGUUAAGACCGUUGGGCCAAUAACCGAAAGGUUGCUGGUUCGAAUCCCCGACCCGACUAGGUGAAAAAUCUGUCUCUGUGCCCUUGAGCAAGGCACUUAACAUUAAUUGCUCCUGUAAGUCGCUCUGGAUAAGAGCGUCUGCUAAGUGACUGGCCGGAUCCGGUACCUCUCGUGGCAUAAAACAUAAUUGUCACUUUUUGCAAUGUAGAAAUUAUAAUAAACGCGAUCACUAAUAUGCCAUCACCAGCGAGUGAGCUGCACAUCAUUGGGUGAGUCAGUGAAACUGGAAAGCAUUUUUAGUAAUAUAAUUUCCUCAUAUUGUAGCGUACAAUAAAUAUGUCUCCACACACCAAGGCCUAGGCUAUUGAUGGAUUCAAGACAAGGUCGUUUUCAUUGAUCUCAGUUUCAGUGUCAAAGUAGCUUGUCAUUUCGAUCGUUCGUGCGGUAUUAUGGUGCUUUCACGACAACUGGGAACUCGGGAGAAGAAAACGAGGUCGAAUCAUGACGUCAGUGAUCUAUCUUCAGGUCGGAGGUCUAGAAGAGGCCAGAGUUCCACACUUGGAAUUCCGAGUUGGAUGGCCGUUCAAAACAAAUUUUCCCUAUUACCCAGUUGACUUAAACGCACUUAAGUCGGAGAUUUCCCAGCUCCGUGUUCCCAGUUUUUUUUGAACGCGGCAUUAAAAAAAGAUUAUGUCAAAGUCUUCAGACAUGUAAAAUGAUGUAGAAUUGCAUGAAAUGCGUCUAUAAAUGGCCAAAAAAAAUCCCCGACCUUAGGCCACAAAAAAUGUUUCCCAUGUGUGUAACUUCUGUAAGUUCCGCUACUUUACUGCCCUAUGCCACUAUGCAAAUGAAUUGAUAGGCAUUCAAUGCUUUAUUAUAAAGUUAUUUUUUUUUAUGCGUUCUGGUACCUCUGACCUCCCAAGCUCUACCAUGCCAAUCUCAGGCAUUUCAGAGGAUUUGAGCAGGUCAGGCUGUUGAAUUGCAGAUUGUGUGAAAGGAGUCAGCUAAUUAAAUACCAGUGAUGGAUAGAUCCCUUGGGUAUAUAGGCCUAUAUUACUUAAUAAUAAUAAUAAUAUGCCAUUUAGCAGACGCUUUUAUCCAAAGCGACUUACAGUCAUGCGUGCAUACAUUUUUGUGUAUGGGUGGUCCCGGGGAUCGAACCCACUACCUUGGCGUUACAAGCGCCGUGCUCUACCAGCUGAGCUACAGAGGACCACUUGCUUGGCACUCAGCUUGGUUUUGUUUUCCAGGUGUAUAUGGCAUGCCAGUCCAUGCUCAUUGUGCUCGUUGGAGCUGUACCAGAAUACGACAUUGAACAAGGUGACCACGCCAACCAUGAGGAGCUCAUCAAACACAUUACAUUUACAGAGGACGUCAACUCCAUCGUGACGGAGGUGAGAGGUCACUGUUCAUGAUUCAAUAGGAGCAAAAAUGUGCCGUGCUUGACAAUGUAGCGUCAUUCACACCUGUGUAUGGAAUUUAACACAUUUUAAAAUAAUCUAGACAAUGAAAAUAUAUGAAUGCUGUCUUCCAGUUUCUUUCCUUCCUUUUCUCUUAGUGGUUCCUUCUAAAGCAACAGGCUUACAAGGUCAGCUUGGCAGGCUCUUUGUUCUUCGCUGGGGUCUUGGUUGGAAAUGUUUUUUUUGGACCCCUCUCUGACAAGAUUGGAAGGAAACCAGUCUUCCUAACAGGUGACGAGAAUGAGAUUCACUACUUUUCAUAUAAUGAUCUUAAUCCAUAUCCUAUAAAAUAUUUGACAGGCUGAUAUGAUAUAGCAGCCAUUAGGAAAGGUCGUUGUUCUGACCUGCUACCUUGCGGGCUACUUUUCAGCCCAGCUAAUAGUCACUGGUAAAAAUCUCAGAAAGCUAUGGUUAGGCCUCAUCAUUCACUUUUUUUGCUCUGUUUCUCUCUCUCUCUCUCUCUCUCUCUCAGCUCUGUUCUUUGAGGUGUUGUUUGGCUAUGCCACAGCCUUUGCUCCCAGCUAUGAGGUGUUUGCUUUGUCGCGCUUGCUGGUGGGUCUGAUGAAUGGGGGCAUGUCCCUCGUCUGUUUUGUGCUCACCCAGGAGUAUGUGGGCAAGUCCUACUGGGCCAUGACAGGUACAAAUAAUCAUCAUGACACUGACAAAUGUUUACCAGACACAGCUACAGUAACUAAGGAGGGUGGGACUAGGAUUGGACAAAGGGUAAAUUGUAGUCAAGAAGAGUCAGUCGGAGAAACCCCCUCCCCCAGUGACAUAAGACAGUGGUCUGAGACUAUUGGAAACAGUUUUUACCAAACUAUUUAAAUGUUGUCUCUGGUGUUUGUUUUUCAGGGACCUUGACUAAUAUGACCUUUGCUGUGGGAAUUGCCCUGUUUGGUGCCCUUGGCUACUAUAUCAGACCUUGGCGUAACCUGGCAACAGCAGCUAAUUCUCCUGGCGUCCUGUUUUUUCUUCUUUGUGUGUAAGUUAAUUUUAGGAUGAUUAUUCCAAGAAAGCAAUUGCAUUAGAACCUCGACUGACACCUUUCCCAAGACAUUUUACCGCAUAUGUGAGACUGCAGUUUGCUGAUGGAACAAAAAGCAAGAUGACCUUUUCAUCUCCUGUGUUUUGUCUUUGUCUUGUUCCUGUUUUUCUGGCUGAGGCAGGACUCUCCCGGAGUCUCCACGCUGGCUGUAUUCCCGUGGUUACACGGAGAAGGCAGAGGAGGUUUUGCGGUACAUGGCCGUGCGGAAUGGGAACGGCAACGCUGCAGCCAAAGUGAAGCUCCGUAUGUGUCCUGGCUCUGUCAAGACUGGUAACCAGGGCAACAAUGGCCCUGGCCUCCUCGACCUGUUCACCCACCCAGUGCUCCGCAGGAGAACCGUGGUGCUCAUGUAUGUCUGGUGAGUUAGCACACCAUGACCUGAACCACUGGGAAACCAGAGGGACUCGCUUUUUGCAAUGUCAUUAAUGGUGCACAGGCAGUAUCAACAGCUCACAACUAUGCGUAGGUUCAGUAUACAUUGUUUUAAAGACCUUUCACACUGAAUACUUUAAACAUAACCAACCUUAGAGUGACACUGUCUGUGGGUGUGCUCUAGGUAUUCCUGCAGCCUGGUGUACUAUGGGCUGACCAUGAAUGCCAGUGAGGACAGUGGGAACCGCUACUUCAGUGUUGCCAUGUAUGGACUGGUGGAGCUCCCGGCCUACCCUCUCUGUAUCUAUUUCAUAAACAAGCAGUGGUAAGAUUCUCACCACCUGUGAUGAUAUUCUAUGAAUUAAAGUGUCAGUGGUGCACUGAAUAAAUGUCUUAUGGUUAAAAAAAAAUGAACAAAUAUUGAAUCGUAAUAGUUUCACAAGACUAUAUAUUCUCAUCACACCUGUGCUAAACAGUUGGAAUUUGUGCCUGUUUUUUAGGGCUGGGAGAAGGAAAACCAUGGCCAGCUUUCUGGGUUUAGCUGGCUUGUCAUGUCUAUGCACCAUGUUUAUCCCUGGAAAUGCUGGUAAGGGCAUUCCAUCUACAGUAUAUUAGAUAGAUUUGAUUAAUUAUGUUACUUUUUUUAAUCUAUUUGUUAUUUAUUAUUUAGGGGCAUUGUUCAAUGCUACCUCUUUAGCUUUGUUAGGAAAGCUGUUGGUCAGUGCGGCUUUCAACAUAGUGUACGUCUACACUACUGAACUGUACCCCACUGUUAUAAGGUGAGUGCAGUGCAACCAGAUCCCACUAAAUUACUUCUAUAAAGUACAGUAGAGGGCGCCGUUCUCCCAUUUUUGCUUGUGUGAUAUGAGCGUCAAUUUCAAUUUAAGUUCUCACAAUGCAAUAUGUUUUUGUACGGUAUGUUGGAGAGGUGUUUAAAUAAUGUUAUGUGCUUUGUCUUGAUGUCAGGAACGCUGGUCUUGGGGUCUGCUCAAUGUCUUGCAGAGUCGGAGGGAUCCUGGCCCCUUUCGUGCCCUCUUUGGUACGUCAGCAGAAUAUCAUUAAUAUGAUGAUGGACAAAAAUCAUUGUCUUUUUAUGUUUUCACAAUUGUAAUCAAGUACAAGGACCACUUUGGUCUUUCUAUAAGUGUUCAAAUUGUGAUAAACAGAAGUUGUUUUGCCUUCUGUCAGAAUGUAUGGUAUUCAUUUGAGCCCCUCAAGCUUAUGCUGUGUUUUGUUUUCUAUGUGUUUCAGAGAGACUUACACACCUCUAUGCCCUUCAUGGUAUUCUGUCUCAGUGGGAUCUCUGCUGGCUGCCUGGGUCUCCUUCUCCCUGAGACACUCAACAAACCUGUGGCAGAGACACUGGAUGAGCUCCGCAGUCCUGCUUACCACCGCAUUGUAGAGACAGAGGUAGGAUCAUAACUCUGUCCUUUAUAUUGGGUUAGUUACCCCCUAGCUUUGGACGUCGGGCUUCUCACGUAGUUCGAAAGCCAGGUGAAGUUCUCCUCAGGAAGAAAAUAAAAAGGGGUGGAGUAUAACUAGUGACGGUUUGCCACUUAUCAAACCAAUCGCAUAUUUUGCAUCGGUGGAGCUCCAAACAGAGUUUGUGAUUCUGAUUUUAAAACAAGCUAGCAAGCCUAUAAUGCAAAACUAAUGUUGGAUAGGCUACAAAAACUGUCUGACACGGUAGGAAAUGCCUCUUCUGAGGGAAAAUUCAAGCGCUGAAUGCCAGCUCUCCCAUUCAAAGGAAAAUCCAAUAUUGAUGUUCUCCAGACUUCCAAUAGUCGAGACAGGAUUAAGAAGGAUGGUCAGGCGAGACUAGUUACUCCCUAUCCAAAUGCAUGUUUACAAUGAUCUUUAAAAAAAAAUAACCUGCUUAACAUUCUGUAUCUUGGGGGGUUGGAUUGUGUUCCAUUAUACAGACACACUUGUUUGAAGAGGACCAAUCGAAAACAAAGCAUAAACUGAAUCAGUGACUUACUCUUUGAACGAGAGAACAGUCAGCGGCAAUCCACAGGAGAGACUCUCGAAGCCUGUCCACACACACACAAGUGAGAGGGACCCGAUGCUCUGUUUCCAUGGUGAAGCAAGGACUGGUCUAGCUACAUGCCGUGAUGGAUGGUGGUCCAUUUUACAGGGAACGGCACACAUGUUUACAAUGUUAUUUUGUUUCUGUGUGUGUGUUAUAUGUUUUGUACUGUAUAGUGAAAUGUGAAGUGCCUUCUAAAUUCGCAGUUUAUACAACAGUGAAUUUAUCAAGUCGAAUGUGAUAUCAAGUAAUCAUGUGAUCAAAUGGAAGAGAACUACAAUUUCUGCCAAAGUUUUCAGUUUCUACUUUGCCAACUAGUCAUCGGGGGCCUAAUUUAUAAUCAUUGCGUACAUUUCAUACUAAAUAGCUGCCUGCGCCAUUUCUGAAAAGACUGCAAGCACAAAAAUAUUGAGAUUUAUAAACUU